AUGCCAAACCUGUCAGCUGUGACAGUUUGUCUGUGGAUAAAAACCGCAGAUACUAGAAAUGCAGGAACACUCCUGAGCUAUGCUGUAUCGGGAAAAAGCAACGGGCUUCUCCUGAUUGACUAUAGAAAUCUUGAGUUUUACAUCAACGACCAUGGGAGUGGUUCUACUUCUGUAUCCGCCAAUGAUGGAAAGUGGCAUCAUAUCUGCCUCACAUGGGAGAAUACCGCUGGAUCAUGGAAAUUAUUUCGAGAUGGUUCGGUUGCCGCUUCUGGUAAAAGUUUCCAAACAGGUCACGUGAUUCGUGCAAAUGGAUCCCUGGUACUAGGGCAGGAUCAAGACUCAAAGGGAGGAGGUUUUAAAGCCCAUCAAUCUUUCAUCGGUGAAAUGACAGGUGUCAACAUCUGGGAUCACGUUCUAAAAGACCAAGAAAUCGCACGCAUGUCAAAGUCGUGCCUGACCGAGGUGGGCAACGUGUUUCAGUGGCGCGAGUUCAAAGCUCACAUCAAGGGCUCAGUGAAGAUAAUCAAGCCAUCGUGCUGAAGUGAAAACAUCCAUGACGUGAUUUGUAAACAUUAUGAAGGAUGUUACAUUAAAGAUAAAU